AUGUCAGUUGCAGCCACGUCCCCAGCCGUUGGAUCUUUCUACCUCAGGCGCCGAUCACCUAGUACGGCCAUGUCCAUGCCUCGCUUUAGGAUGGCUGUCCGAUCUGCUGCCGUUUCUGUCACUCCGCUGUUGACCAAGCUGCACAACGACUCUGCCACUCCUUUGCCCCUCCUGCGCCACGUGGCAGAAGCCAUGGCCGCCGAUAUGCGAGCCGGGCUUGCCGUGGAAGGUGGGAGUGACCUCAAGAUGAUACUCAGCUAUGUUGACAGCCUCCCAAGCGGGAAUGAGGAGGGGUUGUUUUAUGCACUGGAUCUUGGAGGCACAAACUUCAGGGUGCUGAGGGUACAACUAGGCGGCAAACAAGAGCGUGUGAUUGCCACCGAAUUCGACCAAGUUUCGAUUCCUAAGGAGCUUAUGUUUGGCACCUCAGAGCAACUGUUUGAUUUCAUUGCUUCUGGGCUGGCAAAAUUUGCACAAAAAGAGGGUAAUAAAUUCCACCUUCCAACCGGUACAAAAAGGGAGAUUGGAUUCACAUUUUCAUUUCCUGUGAAGCAGACCUCCAUUGACUCUGGCAUACUAAUUAAGUGGACAAAGGGUUUUUCUGUUUCUGGAACGGCAGGGAAAGAUGUGGUUGCUUGUUUGAAUGAGGCUAUGGAAAGGCAGGGACUUGAUAUGCGGGUGUCUGCCCUGGUUAAUGAUGCGGUUGGAACAUUAGCUGGAGCAAGAUAUUGGGAUGAUGAUGUCAUGGUUGCUGUUAUUUUGGGUACUGGAACCAAUGCUUGCUAUGUUGAACGGGCAGAUGCUAUCCCGAAACUACAGGGUCAGGUUUCUUCUUCUGGCAGAACGAUUAUUAACACUGAAUGGGGAGCAUUCUCAGAUGGUCUUCCUUUGACUGAAUUUGAUAGAGAAAUGGAUGCUGCUAGUAUCAAUCCUGGUGAGCAGAUAUUUGAGAAAACAAUUUCUGGAAUGUAUCUGGGUGAAAUUGUACGAAGAGUGUUAGUGAAGAUGGCUGAAGCAGAUGCUUUGUUUGGUGAAUCUGUCCCAGAAAAACUAUCAACACCUUUUGCACUCAGGACCCCAGAUAUAUGUGCUAUGCAGCAAGAUAUAUCUGAUGACCUUCAAGAUGUUGGAUCAAUCCUAUACAAUGUAGCAGGGGUUGAGUCAAAUCUAAGUGCGAGAAAGAUUGUGGUGGAUGUAUGUGACACCAUUGUAAAGCGAGGUGGGCGCUUAGCUGGUGCAGGGAUAGUAGGGAUACUUCAAAAGAUGGAGGAGGAUUCAAAAGGUCUCAUCUUUGGCAAGAGGACAGUGGUGGCAAUGGAUGGAGGGUUGUAUGCAAACUAUCCUCAAUACAGAAGAUAUUUGCAAGAGGCAGUGACAGAGCUUCUUGGGACAGAGAUUUCGAAGAACGUGGUCAUAGAACUUACGAAAGAUGGGUCUGGCAUAGGGGCUGCUCUCUUGGCUGCUGCAAAUUCCCAGUAUGCAUAA